AGAGAGAGAGAGAGAGAGAGAGAGAGAGCUCCUCUAGCUGGGCUGCACACUGAUAACUGAAGUAUAUCAUCAGUGCAGCAGCUGUCUUAGAAGAAGGUAAAGCGAUGUCUCAUUGACUCAGGUGUCAGGGCGCAUUCAUGUGGUCUCGCGUGCGCAUCAUGGUCCCUUAAUUGAAUCUGGGACUGCAGAGAAACGAGCACCGCUGGCACGAGCAGCUCGCGAGCUAUGCCCGUCGCACAAUGUGGAACAUGGCACGCUUGAAGAUGCCCUGGGUCUCGUGCGGACACUUUAUACUUUUCCUGUGUCUGCUUCCACCGACACUCUCAUCUCACGCGCUUGGAAACAUAUACAAGCGUUCGGCGGUCCAGCGCGCGGCGGCCCGGUCUGUCGCCCGCAUGGAUGGCGACGUGAUCAUCGGCGCGCUGUUCUCCGUGCACCACCAGCCGUCCGCCGAGCGUGUGGCCGAGAGAAAAUGCGGAGACGUGAGGGAGCAGUACGGCAUCCAGCGGGUGGAAGCGAUGUUCUAUACGCUGGACCGUAUUAACUCGGACCAGUACCUGCUGCCCAACAUCACUCUGGGCUGCGAGAUCCGGGACUCGUGCUGGCACUCUUCCGUGGCGUUAGAGCAGAGCAUCGAGUUCAUUCGAGACUCCCUCAUCUCUAUUCGGGAUGACAAAGACGGAUCUAAGUGGUGCAUCGACGGGACCCCUUCCAACCAGCCGCCUCCUAGCAAGAAGCCCAUCGCUGGAGUCAUAGGUCCGGGCUCCAGCUCGGUGGCCAUCCAGGUGCAGAAUCUCCUCCAGCUGUUUAACAUCCCGCAAAUUGCUUAUUCGGCAACCAGCAUAGACCUGAGCGACAAAACCCUUUUCAAAUACUUCCUCCGUGUCGUGCCCUCUGACACGCUGCAGGCGCGCGCUAUGCUCGACAUUGUCAAACACUAUAACUGGACGUACGUGUCUGCGGUUCACACGGAGGGUAACUAUGGAGAGAGUGGCAUGGAGGCCUUUAAGGAGUUGGCCGCAGAGGAGGGUCUAUGUAUCGCCCACUCUGAUAAGAUAUACAGUAAUGCUGGAGAAAAGCACUUUGACCGUCUGCUUAAGAAACUGCGGGAGCGUCUGCCCAAAGCCCGCGUGGUCGUCUGCUUUUGUGAAGGAAUGACUGUCCGUGGCCUGCUCAUGGCCAUGCGGCGCCGUGGGGUUUCUGGAGAGUUCCAGCUAAUUGGAAGCGAUGGCUGGGCAGAUCGCGAUGAGGUGGUGGAAGGAUAUGAGCAGGAGGCAGAUGGUGGGAUCACAAUGAAGUUGCAAACAGAAGAGGUUCAGUCAUUUAAUGACUAUUUUCUGAAGCUGCGUCUGGACACCAACACAAGGAACCCAUGGUUUGCCGAGUUCUGGCAGUACCGCUUCCAGUGCCGCAUUCCUGGUCAUCCCCAGGAGAACCAUAACUACCAGAAAAUCUGCACAGGUGAUAUAGGAAAUGAGAGCCUGAAAGACAACUAUGUCCAGGACAGCAAGAUGGGCUUCGUGAUCAAUGCAAUUUAUGCGAUGGCUCAUGGUCUUCAAGAUAUGCAUAAAGAGCUGUGUCCUGACUAUGUUGGCCUGUGCGAGGCAAUGGACCCUAUUGAUGGCAGUAAGCUGCUGGACUAUCUGCUGAAGACCUCUUUUAGUGGUGUAUCUGGGGAGGAAGUCUACUUUGAUGUAAAUGGAGACUCACCUGGGAGGUAUGAUAUUAUGAAUCUUCAGUAUGUGGAGGAGCUGGGCCGCUAUGAUUACAUUAAUGUGGGGUCGUGGCAUGAAGGUCUCCUGAGCAUCAGUGAUUAUAAACUCAUGACAAACCGCACUGAAAUGGUCCGAUCUGUCUGCAGUGAACCGUGUUCUAAGGGACAGAUCAAGGUGAUCCGUAAAGGAGAAGUGAGUUGCUGCUGGAUCUGCACUACAUGUAAAGAUAAUGAAUAUGUUCAAGAUGAGUUCACAUGCAGAGCUUGUGACCUGGGCUGGUGGCCUGAUGAUGAACUGGCAGAAUGCAAGCCUCUCCCACUAAAAUAUCUGGAGUGGAGCAGCGUGGAGUCCAUCAUCGCAGUGGUGUUCUCCUGCCUCGGUAUCCUGAUAACUCUGUUCGUCACAUUCAUCUUCAUCCAGUACCGCGACACGCCGGUGGUGAAGUCCUCCAGUCGUGAGCUUUGCUACAUCAUCCUUGCGGGUAUCUUCCUUGGCUACAUCUGCCCCUUCACUCUCAUUGCACGUCCUACUGUGAUCUCCUGUUACCUGCAGCGCCUUCUAGUGGGCUUGUCGUCUGCCAUGUGCUACUCCGCCCUGGUAACCAAAACCAACCGCAUCGCACGCAUCCUGGCUGGCAGCAAGAAGAAAAUCUGCACACGCAAGCCCCGCUUCAUGAGCGCCUGGGCGCAGGUGGUAAUCGCCUUCAUCCUGAUCAGUCUCCAGCUGGCCGUGGUGGUUACGCUGAUUGUGCUGGAACCCCCCGAGCCAGUGAAGAGCUACCCCAGCAUCAGGGAGGUGUACCUCAUCUGUAACACGAGUAACUUGGGCGUAGUGGCUCCGUUGGGUUACAACGGCCUGCUUAUCAUGAGCUGCACCUACUACGCUUUCAAGACCCGCAACGUGCCUGCCAACUUUAACGAAGCCAAGUACAUCGCAUUCACCAUGUACACCACCUGCAUUAUCUGGCUGGCUUUUGUGCCCAUCUACUUCGGCUCCAACUAUAAGAUCAUCACCACCUCUUUCUCAGUCAGUCUCAGUGUUACUGUGGCACUGGGUUGCAUGUUCACGCCCAAGAUGUACAUCAUCAUCGCCAAGCCCGAGCGCAACGUACGCAGCGCAUUUACGACCUCAGACGUGGUUCGAAUGCACGUGGGCGACGGGAAGGCAGCUCCUUGCCAGAGCAACAGCAUCCUCAACAUGUUUCGGAGGAAGAAGAACAACAACAACGCUACCGGCAGCACCAAUCCUAAUGGAAAGUCUGUGUCAUGGUCUGAAUCAGGUGCCAGACCCCAGGGGAGGGGGUCGAGUGUGUUCCACAGACUGUCUGUGCAUGUGAGGAGGCAAGCGGUCGGCCAGAGUCAGACGGCGGUCAUACGACCCCUAACUAAUGCCUCACAACCCCCCGAGUCUGAAUAUGAUGCUGGCCUCAACACAGCCCCCAAUGGCUCUCACCCCGACAACAAGGAUCUCUACAACCUCAGCGAGGGGCACGAUGGGGGUCCCCAACAUCCUACAACCCACGAGGGAGGUGUACCACCUUCCUGUUCCCCUCCCAAUUUAAUAGACCACAGCACUGAUUGUCCUCAAGGGGGACCGUUGGACACUCUGAGCUCUACGGUUCUUGAUUUUGACCAAUUUGUAAUCGGCACUGGCAACAAGUCAAGCCCUGUCACCUAUAAAUCGUCCGCCAAUCAGCUGCCUCUUCCCCUCCAUGGGGAGGUGUUCCCAGAGGAGGGUUCAGAAUUGGAAGCUCUCGACCUCAUUCAGGGGUUUCUGUGUGAUAGUGCCACACAAGAAGAGGAGGAGGAAGAGGAAGGUGUGGAGGAAGAGUUGGCACAGAGUAAGCUGACUCUGCUCACUCCACCUUCCCCCUUCAGGGAUUCUCUUCAGGCUGGGGGGUCCAUUCCUGGAUCCCCCGGCUCUGAUAACAACCCUCAAUUUUCCCAAAGUAUGAACUACGCCCCAAAACAAAGCUCUUUUACGCUGUAAAAGCCAACGCUCAGGACAGCGCUGUUUAAUAUUUGAUUACUGCAGGAUAUCAUUUGCUUGCUUACUUAUCUUCGUAAGUCUCUUUCGGAAGGCAGGAAGAACCUUAAAAUGAACAAAUGGGACAUCCUGUUGGGAAUAUUUUUCUCCGAGGCAGCGCUGGCAUCAUCCGUUUUCCAAAAUGCUGCAGAAAGUUGGAGUGCCAAAUAUUAUUGUGUUGCUGUGCCCGAAAUCCGCUGGCAAGUGACAUCGCAACAGUCCAGGAGUGAUAAUGCCAGCUUGCUGCUUUACUAUUUCACUCUUAGCAGGAUGAGACACACUUUCUUGGAUUUAAUGUGCUUUUGAACUAUAUGUAGCUGGACUUGGUUCUGAUUUAAAAGUUUAGUUACUAUUGCCAACACAAAAACAAUCAUGGAAAAACUGAGAGUUGAGGACGUAGACAGCACAGACACAUAAAUGCAAAUAUGUGCAUACAAGUGAAUCAUAUCUCAUAGCAGGCUGCUGUGUACAGGUAUCUGGUUUUGGUAUCUGAUUUCCAUUUUUUAAAACAGUUUUAGUAACGGUGCACAAGUCAGACUGAAACACGGAAAUCAUGUGCGCACAAUAAAACUUGCUUGGUUGACUGGAUGAGUAAAUGUGGAGUUUCCCAGCUAAGGUGUUUUCCAAUUUCCUUGUGGCUCCCAAAUGUGAGUUUCAGUGCUUUUGCUUAGAGAGUCAAGGGCAAGAACGCUGAUUGUAAUGUUAGGUAUAGAAUACUACUUUUAGCUUAAAUGUGGAGCCAAGGUAAAUGAAAGAAACUGUGUUUUUCUUAACUUUACUUUGUCUCAUGCGUGAACUCAUCCUUGAAAAAGGGAGCGAUGUUUUGCAAACGUUUGUAUACUGUUCUACCAUCUAUUGUUUUCCACACAGAUGGUGUCUUUGUAUUUCUGCUAUAUGUUUCUAUGAUUAGAAUGUGAGAUAUUUGUAAGUUUUAAAAAAAAACAACGUCUUAUAACUUGCUCUUUGUGAUAAAGGGACACACUGUAUAUGGUGACACUGAAGCUGGAGUAACUUUUCAGCGACUUUUACAAACUUUUAAUGUUCCAUUUUUAAACUGUAACUGAGUAGUUGCUUCUAGUGGUAACUUGUAGCAUUUACUGCCAAUCUCGCGUAGGAUUAUCACAUGAAUUUGCGACUGUAACGCUUUUAAGUUUCACAGGACUAUUAGAAUGCAACUCUCGAAAGAAGAAUAUUCUUGAAUAUCUUGCAUAUUGUAAUUGUUAUAAUGGAUUGUAAUUUUAGGUCUUUUAGUGUAAGUUGUUUGGAACAGAAUCAUUUGUUCAAUGUAAAGUAAUUGACAAGAUCACCUGUUUACAUGGUCAAACUUAAAAAUGAGGAAAAUGCUCUUUUUGCCAGGACAAAUCAUGCUGUAAAAUAAAUAUUUUAUAUCGAA